AUGGCAGACGCUCUUGGCCCUCUCAAUCUCGCCCUCUUUCUACUACGCGUCGUCUCCCCCGGCCUCGUCCUCCUCUCAGCUCUUUCCAUUGUCGCUUCAAAGCCCCCGCCGCCGCCGUCUCCGUCGCCUAUCACACCUGUCGUCGUCGCAUCUCAAGCCCCUCGUCGGGCUCUCAUUCUCUCUCUUCUUUCUUUGUCUUCUCUCACCUAUCUUCUCGAUGGACUCGCCUUCGUCAUCUUUGCCGUACUCACCAAAAACUGGCCCUAUCGGACCGGAAUCGAAGUCAAUGCGAUCGCAGGCCUCGUCGCCUUCUCUGGUUUGGCCGCUCUGGGAGCGUACAAGGAUGCCAUCGGCGUGCAGGUUUGGUCGUUCAAGAGGAUCAAGUCCUCGGUUCUGCUCUCGUUGAUUCUCGAUAUCGCCACAGUGGCCUUGUUUGGUGUCGUCAUCCCGAAGUCCACCCACACUCGUCUCCCAGUAUCCAUCGCUGGUCUCGUCCACUUCGUGCUGCCCCUCUUCCGAGUCCUCAUUCUCGUGCCACUUUUCUUCGCUCUCAUCACACCUCGUAUUACAUACACCGCCAUUAACGAGGACGGUAUCGAAGAGGUUCCAACAGAUGCUUCCCUCCUACUUCCUCCUUCGGAGGCUCACGCGUCGGCCCUUUCCCCGAACGCUGCGGCCGAGACCAGCAAGUACGGCACAUUCAGGAGUAAUACCUCUCGAGGCAACACUACAGCCUCUGGUGUCACCACCAGGGCUCACACUCCCGAUCCGUCCGGGCGUCCUGACGCCAAGGAGAAGGAGAUCAACCUUGAUCCUUCGUGGUCUGAGAUCCUCCACCGUCUUCGUCGGAUCACUCCUUUCCUCUGGCCUUCCAAGUCUCGCGCUUUGCAACUCGUUGCUGUUUUGUGCAUCUUCCUUCUGCUCAUCGGCCGUGUCGUCAACAUCGCCGUCCCCACCAUUCUCGCGAAACUCAUUUCUAUCUUCGACGAGAAAUCCAACGAGUCGCCCUGGCCUUAUCUUUUCGGGUAUGCUGCGUUGCGCUUCCUCCAGGGUGCAGGUGGUCUCGCUGCGUUGCGUGAUGCUCUCUGGGCACCUGUGAUGCAGUACUCCGACCGAGAAAUGUCCCAGUUGUCGUUCAACCACCUUCUCAAUCUCUCCUUCGCUUGGCACUCCCGUCGCAAGACCGGAGAGGUCCUCCGCAUCUUGGAUCGUGGCGCCGCUAUCAACCACACUCUCGAGUUGAUCAUGUUUAACAUCAUUCCUACCAUCAUCGAUAUCAUCGUUGCGCUCGUCUUCUUCACGCUUAGACUCGAUUGGACUAUCGCGGUGGUCAUCUUCCUGGUCAUGUUCGCUUAUGCUACCGCAAGUGUACUGCUCACGAAGUGGCGUACGAAGCUGCGGAGGAGGAUGAACGACAAGGACGUGAUUACUCGCGGAAUCCAUACCGAUUGCUUGUUGAACUAUGAGACUGUCAAGUACUUCAAUGGCGAGGAGCAUGAAGGUGAACGGUAUGCCGGUGCCAUCCGUGACUACCAGAGCUUGGAGUACCGUGUCAUGCUUUCGUUGAACCUUUUGAACCUGGUUCAAAACUUCAUCAUCACUAUCGGUCUCCUGGUCGGGUCUUUGAUCGUCGCGCUGCGUGUCACCAGAGGACAGCUCUCUACCAGCGACUUUGUGUUCUUCAUGACCUACCUCGGUCAACUGUACGGUCCUCUGAACAGCCUCGGUUACAUUUACCGUUCCAUCAACCAAUCGUUGGUCGACACCGAGAGGCUGUUGAAGCUCCUAAACGAGCCUACUGAGGUCAACGACAGGGACAACGCACCCGACCUUCUUGUCAGCGACGGAGAGAUCGAGUUUGACAACGUCAACUUCUCCUACGACGGACGCAGCACCGCUCUCAAGUCCGUCUCGUUCAAAGUCCCCAAAGGCAGCUCGGUCGCGCUCGUCGGCGAGUCUGGCGCGGGAAAGUCGACUAUCCUCCGUCUCCUUUAUAGGUUCUAUGAUCUACAGGAGGGAGAGGGCCGGAUCACUAUUGAUGGACAGGAUAUCAGGGAUGUUACGCAGACGAGUUUGAGGAAGGCGAUCGGGGUCGUGCCGCAGGAUUCUGUCUUGUUCAACGCAAGCAUUUCGUAUAAUAUCGGGUAUGGCAAGUUCGGCUCUAGCCAAGAAGAGAUCGAGGAGGCUGCCAAGGCUGCUCAGAUGCACGACAGGAUCCUGAGUUUCCCCGAUGGGUACGAGACUAAGGUUGGCGAGCGUGGCAUCCGGUUGAGUGGUGGCGAGAAGCAACGUGUGGCCAUUGCGCGUACACUAUUGAAGAACCCACCUAUCCUGUUGUUAGACGAGGCUACAAGUGCUCUCGAUACCUCCACCGAGAGGGAUAUCCAGAAGGCUCUCCAGAAUCUCGUACAAGGCCGCUCAUCGCUCUCUAUCGCUCAUCGGCUUUCCACUAUUGCUACCGCCGACCUGAUUCUUGUUCUCAAAGAUGGUCAAAUCGUUGAGCAGGGCAGCCACAAAGAGCUGUUGGAGCUCGACGGGAUCUUCGCGUCGAUGUGGGCUGAUCAGAUCGCGACGUCAGAUGAUCCUGCCGUCCGUCCGUUGGCCGUACAAGGAUACUCGGUCGAGGACAAGCCCGCGGAUACUGCGUCUGGUCUAGAGGCGGCUGAACGCCCGACCCAGGACACCUCGAAUGACGAAGAUGCUCCCGAGGCUGGCCCCGUGGAGGCACCUGCUGAGGAGGCCGUUGCUGCCGACGUUAGCGUACCUAACGCGGACGACAUACCCACGAACGACGUGACCGCACCGUCCACGCACGACGAACCGGGCCCCAUCCUUGCCGAGGACUCGCCUGUCGCGUUCCCGUCCUCGCCUGAUGGUGGCGACGACGACGAACAGAUCGUAGCGGCCGCAGGGCCAUCCGAGGAGCCCGCUGUUGUGUCGAGUCCGAUUGAGUUCCCGACGUCGGAUGAUGCAUCGGCGUCUAACGCCAACCCUCCUGUGUCCUCUCCUGGCAUCACGUUCGCGCCCGAAGUGAGCUCCGCUGGGCGUACGGGGACGCCUGACCCUGAAUCUGAGCCCAAACGGAAGCGGAUUUCUUCGCAGAACUUCCAGAGGCUAGCAAGGCGGAUCUCGCUCUCAACUAAGCGCCAGGGCUCGACAUCGUCCUCGUUCCCCAGCAUCCCCAACAUCCCUGGUCUGAAGAGGGACGCGUCGAAGGACGAGAGUGCUGCUGGCGGCAGCGUGAGGGGCGAUAGUGUAACGGAUGCCGUGAGGACAGAAUCACCUGUGCCGAGCGUUCAGGGAAGUGAUGGUGGGAAGGAGAAGGAGAAGAAGAAGAAGGAUAGGAAGAAGCUGAGGAGGAGCAUGUCGGGCAGUGCUGGUCCAGGCGCGUGA